GUCUGUGGUUCAUUUUUCUUCUUCGCAGUGCGCGUAUUUGUGUUGUGCAUGUUCACAAUUAAAGCACUAUAGUGAUAUUAACUAUCUAAUGGUUUUGUUAAUCAUAAAAGAGGAUAAAAUAAUAGUGAAAUGAAAGUACACUAUCGUUGUGGUAAAAUUAGAUAACAUAUGAAAAACAGGAUAAGCUAACAAUAUGCUUUAUCAACCAUACCAAAAAAAUUUGACGAUUUAUAUGCUUCCAAAAGUGUUAAUAAAAAUUGAAAUAAUCAUAGUAUUACUUAUUUAAAACAUGUAAAACUAUUGAAGUGAUGACACUGAAGAAUCUUAUGAAAAUGCCAGCAAAAUCACAUAUAUCAACAGAGCUGAAUGAUAGCAUCAGCAAUGUUUUGGGGAAGAAUGUCAAAGUUAUUUAUAAAUCCCUUAUUCGUAUGGAAUCAAGAGGUGAUAAGGUUGAUAACAAGGUUUUGGUUGUGACUGCAUAUCGGGUUUUUAUAACUACAGCGAAAGUACCUACUAGGAUUGACAAUGGGUUCCAUUUAAUGGAAAUAGAAGCCUUGGAGAGUAAAAAAGCGAAUCAUCUGUCCAUAACAUUGGUUCACGAACACAAGCCUGUCUCCAUUCUCAUAGGUGACGAAGGAACUUCAGAAGGUGUUAUAAAUGCCGUGAACGCUUUAACUGCCGCCUUCGAUGAUCUAUUUCCUAAUGUGCCAAUGGUGGAUAUAAUACAAAAGGUGAAUCUACUCUUCCCAUUACAAAACGUCAGCGGGACUAGGAAGCACCUAGCUUGUGGUGAUUUUUCUAAUCAGUACGCUGCCAUGUGUGAUUUAUGUCAAACACCAUUCAGAGCUGAAGUUGCGUGGGAUAUUGACACCAUAUACCUCGCACACGACAUAAGAAUGUUGCAUUUGAAAGAUUUCGAUCAUCUGGACCAAAGGGACCUGAUACCACUAGUGAUGGCGUUGCAACACAACACGUGGUUCGAGGGUAUUUGCGGGGACGGGGUGCGGGCGAGUGGCGAGGCGUGGGAGAGCGUGUGCCGCGCGCUGCGGUGUUCGCGGCCGGCCACGCGCCGUGUCAGCUGGCGCAGCGCACAGCUCCGUCACGACCACGCCGCCAGACUGGGACACGCGCUCGCCCGCGCCCGCCACGCGCCCGCACUGCACACCAUCGACUUCUCACAGAACCACAUCGAGGAUAAAGGUGCUAUUAGUAUACUGAGCGGCAUAUCGAACAAUCCAGAAGGACUGAGGCACGUUGCGUUGUCACAAUGCGGCGUGACGGGGAAGACGGUCGUACAUUUGGCGACCAUACUCAACGACAAUCCCUGUCAUCUCUCGACGCUCGCACACCUUGACCUGUCGCAUAAUAACCUGAAAGAUGACGUGCACAAUUUGUACAACUUCCUGGCACAGCCUAAUGUAUUGACCCAUUUGAAUUUGACUAACACGGAAACGACUUUAGAAAAUAUGUGGGGUGCCCUGCUGCGCGGGUGUGCGGCGCGCCUCACCUGGCUGUCCGUGUCCCGCAACCCGUGGUCGAGCGCCCGGCGCGCGCGGGACCCGCCGCCUUCCUUCCGACAAUUCUUCACGGCGUGCCUCGCGAUCAACCAUCUCGACUUCUCCCACUGCAAAAUGCCACCAGACGUGCUCAAGAGCUUGCUGCUGGGCCUGGCGUGCAACGAGAGUGCGGCCGGGGUCCAGCUGAAUUUGUCGGGCGUGCUGAACUCGGCGCAGGCCGCGCACGUGCUCGAGUCGUGUAUACACGGCGUGCGAUGCCUGCAGUCUCUGGACCUCUCCGACAACAGUAUGGAAUUCGAAUUGUCCGGUAUUGUGAGAGCUAUAGGGAAGAACCAUUCCAUCACACAUUUAUCGUUAAGUAGAUUGACCGGGAAGAGAUCGUACGCUCCCCCCCUAAUACAAGCUCUAGUCCACGUGCUGCAGGAACCAGACACAGCGCUGACGUCACUGGACCUCAGCGAUUGCAAACUAAAGGGUGAUUUGUACGGAUUAUUGAACGCGUUGGGCGGAGCCCGGAGACUUCGUACACUGGACGUGGGAGGGAACCUAGCCGGCGACGCGGGAGCUAGAUUACUUGCCAAAGCCUUACAGUGUAACUGUACUUUGCACACGCUGUAUAUAGAUCGCAAUGCAUUUAGUUUACAAGGUUUGACUGACAUUGCGACGGCGCUCCGUCGGUCUGUGAGCGUGCGGCGGGUCGAGUUCCCGGGAUGCGACGCGGCGGCGGGCGGCCGCGCGGCCAGCGAGCGGGUCGCCGCGCUCUGGAGGGACUUGCACGAACGACUGGCGAACAACAAGAGGAGUGGUCAGACGGCCCGCGUCCGCGCGCUGGCCCUGGAGCGCGCGUGGGCGGGCGGCGACGCGGCGGCGGCGGCGGCGGUGCUCACGGCGCAGGCGGCCGCCGCGCUGCCCCCCGCGCCCCUCGCCUCCGCCCUCGAGCGGGCCGCCGCCGCCGCGCAUCACCUGCUGCACCAGUACCUACAGAGGUGCAGUGAAGUGUUCGCUGCGAUGGGAGGCGCCACGUCCGGCGGCGAACUCGUCUCGCUGCAAGCCGUGCGGGACGCGAUGGCGCCGUGCAGCAACACGCUCCAAGAUUUGCUCAAUCAAGCUGUAGAGAGCCUCGCGCUGACUGCCUGCGAGAACCUGGACAGCGCGGACAGCGAGCCGGCCACCGGCGCCGACGGUAACAUGCCCGACCUACUGACGCCCGUGUCGCACUCCGGAAAAUUGGAUUACUUGAAUUUGGCGACGCCGCUGGGCGGGCGGCGGCGGGAGCGCGGCGGGCGGCGCGUGCGGCCCAAGUCCGUGGCGGAGCAGCAGUGCAGCAGUAACGAGAUGCUGUCCCUGCCGCCGCUGCACGCCGAGGCCACCGACGGACUCGCCGACCUGCCGGCCCACACGCUCAGGCAUCUCGUCAAAGGUCGGCCGCGGCGUGCGAAGACGCGCGCGCCCAGCCGGCCCGUGGCGGACGGCGCGCAGGAGAUGGACGAGGGGCUGGAGGAGUUCUGGCGCACGUGCCGCACGCCGCCCGGCAGCGAGGAGCCGUCCCUCUCCCGCACGUCGCGCUCCCUGCACUCGCUCUCGUCGCUGGCCUCGCCCUCGCCGCGCCGCGACUCGCACCGGGACGACACGCUGUACAGCGUUACGUCCGGGGAGAGUACGCCCGUUCUGCUCGAGUGCGACGUUUCCCGCUGCAAGUCUUCCGACAACGUAGGAGCAAAACCGGCAACCACUCCGCCGCCGUCUAGGUCCUCCGACAAUGUCAACACGAUGGGGAACGGGUGCGGUCGCGCGGGCGGCAAGGCGCGGCCCUGGUCCGUCGCCGGCAACCCCGACACCGCCGCCGUCUGCACCACCGAAGGAGUGGAGGCGUGCGUCGGCGGCAGCAUCGUGGGCAUCACGCCGGGCGCUGCACUAACCAGUUCAAUGUUACGUGACCAUCCGUUGACGCCUGAGGGCGCAGAAACCUAAUCAAUGAGGACGCGACGGUUAUCUGACCAGGGUUCAUUGUCCAGUUUCCACAAAAAAAUGAUGUAAAAUUAUUGGAUGCUCAUAAUUGUGCCAGUUAGAAUUUUAACAUUUUAGACAUUUUAUUACGGUCUUAGUGUUCCAGAAAUAUAAAUAAAAUAGCGAUGAAAUUAAAAGCACGAAUUUUUUUCUGUAUCUGAAUAGAAUAGUAUAAUAAAAUAAUAGUUCAUAUUUUCAACUGGAUACUAGGAUAUAUACAUUAAUAAUUAAUAGUCAAUCAAAUUUAUGUACUGUGAUUGAGUUAGUAUUGUGUUAUCAAUUAUUAUAGUCAUUAUAAUUUUUAACAUAUUUAAUGCAAAUAUAAUAUAUGUAUACUCAUUUAAUUUUAUUUCUCAUGUGUAAGUAAUAUUGAUUUUGUAGCCUUCGUCUUCGUAGUAACUUGCCGGAUUGUGAUUGAUUUAAAAAUUAUAUGUACUAAAUAAGUUUAUAUUCUAACUAAAUAGUUAUAAUACCUAUGUGAAUGUUAUAUUCAUUCACAAAAGUAAUAGAUAUUUCUGAAAAUUAUAAACUACUUUUAAAUAACAUUUAAAUUUAUACUUUAAAAUAUUGCGAUCCACAAAUGAAUAUAAUUAAUCUUCAUUUAUAUUUAUUCUAUGAGAUGAUGAUUUACAAAGAUUUUAUUUAUUAGAUAUUUUAUUCAUUGUAAAAUCAGAAAAUUAUUAAGUGAUAUCGAUUUGGUCUUUGCCUAGUCAUGUUUAGAAGGCCUACAUUGUCUAACGCACAAUCUUUUUGAAGUGAUUCCGUUAUUAUUAAUUAUAAAUUAAAAUAAUUCACGUGAUUAAAAUAUGUUAUCUUCCAAAAUUAAAUUACAUUCCUUAAUCUUUUUGUAUAGAAAUGAAAGAAAAUGUGAUUUUUAAAAAUAAAGUUCAAAAUCGAAAAUGAAUUAUUAGAUAAGUUAGUGCACAGCAGCCAUGUAAGAUUAGACUUUUCGAAACUUGAUAAUGUAGCUCGCCCCACACUUGUAAGUGUUCAUUAGAGUAUAAUAUUUGUAAUCCUUUGGCAUGAGUUUUUUCUCUUGAACGCGUGAAGGCUGUCUUCUAUUGGAAAUUUCAUGUACCUAUGUAACAUUACUAAUGUAGUUGUAUAUUGCUAAAUUAUUUCAUAGUAUUUUUGUAUUCAUUCCAAUUACGUUCAUUUUAUCUAGCCUUUCGGUACCAGACUGAUUUUAAGGUACGUUUAUUUUAUGGUGCAAUUUUAUGUCUAGAGCGUUGUGAUAAUGUUUGAAAGUAAAUCAUAAUACAAUUAAA